UACUUAUUGAACCACGUUUCAGCUCCAUAGGUAAAACAUACGGUAAAAAUGGGAGCUUAUCGAUACAUUCAAGAGAUAUGGAGAAAAAAACAAUCUGAUGUAAUGCGAUUUUUAUUAAGAAUUCGUUGUUGGCAAUACAGACAAUUGAAUACCAUUCAUCGAAUUCCUCAUCCAACUAGACCCGAGAAAGCUAGAAGGUUAGGUUAUAAAGCUAAACAAGGCUACCUUUUAUAUCGUGUAAGAAUAAGAAGAGGUGGUCGUAAAAGACAAGUUCCCAAGGGUAAUACAAACGGAAAACCUGCAAAUCAAGGAGUUAAUCAGUUGAAAUGGCAACGAAAUCACCAAUCGUUAGCGGAAGAAAGAGCAGGUCGUAGAUGUGGAGCUUUAAGGGUACUUAAUUCAUAUUGGGUAAGUCAAGAUUCUACUUUCAAAUUCUAUGAAGUUAUCUUGGUCGAUCCAAUGCACAAAGCGCUUAGAAGAGAUCCAAAAAUGAGUUGGAUAGCAAAACCAGUUCACAAACAUAGAGAACUUAGAGGCCUUACUUCUGCUGGGAAGAAAUCUCGAGGAUUGGGUAAAGGCCAUAAAUUUAAUAAAACAAAAGGUGGAUCAAGAAAAGCUUAUUGGAAACGACAAAAUACACUGCAGCUUAGAAGAUAUCGUUAAAUUAUUGAUUUUAAAAUAUUCAGUUUACAAAUUAAUUUUGUUUUAUCAAAAAAAAUUAUUUGUAAUUAUAUAAUAAUACAUAAUCGAAGCAAAAUAAAGCAAGUACAUACCUAUAAAA